CACCACCACCGAUACACACGCAAACUCUCUUCGUCAACACACCUACGUCUCAAAAAACGCAAUGCCUGCAAUCUAUCUUAUCAGUGGYGGUGCCCGCUCCGGAAAAUCUGGUUACGCACAGGAGUUGUGCGAGUAUCUCUCCCCAAAUCCGAUCUACCUGGCGACCUCGACGGUCUUCGAAAAUGACAACGAUUUUGCACAACGCGUCGAAAAACAUCAGCGAGACCGGGGCGAUCAAUGGAUUACGAUCGAAGAGCCACUGGAACCCAGCAAACACCUGGAGAAAAUGAAGGGGCGGGUUGUCCUCGUGGACUGCUGCACCCUUUGGUUGACAAAUUACAUGAUGCAGGAAGGCCUCUUUUCCCUCGACGAAAACGAAAACGACAAGCUGAAAAAAAACGGAUCAGCCCAAGACGCUGCGGAGAGGGCACUCCGAAAGAUUGAAAAAGAGGUGAGCACAUAAAAUUUUCAAUCCUCAGGCACGACGGGGGGUCACGCUUUGCUUAAUUCCAAUUUUUAGGAUUGUCAUCGUUUUGCAUUCGAAAUGGCAAGGAUUGCAAGGACUGCUACCAUAGCAUCUUUAUGAUUCCUUGAAUUCUCAUCGCACUGAUUGUCUACUGUGGACCUUGUGAAUCGCAAAUUAAAUUCUCCUUGCAACCCGCAGUUCGACAAAAUGACGGAGCCAUGGGACUGUACCUAUGUGAUCGUAACGAACGAGGUGGGAUCGGGUACCCAUGCGCACGACCACGUGACACGGAAAUUCGUCGAUGCACAGGGAUGGUUCAACCAGUACGUUGCCAAGCGGGCCGAGGCCGUCGUGCACAUGGUUUGCGGGGUCCCGAACAUCGUCAGGGGCCCUCUGAGCAAACCGUCGCUGUCGACCGCGGUUCGAGCGAGCGGGGGGCUCGCGGCCCCGACACUCCACGAGGCGCAGCGGGCCGACAUGUUGGACCACUACCUCUCGAAGAGGAGCAUCGCCAUGGACCCGAAGGGGUACUUCAAGUUUCGGAUCGACAGAGACAAGAAGGUGAUUUUCGCGUCGUACCAUUCGUGCAUAAUCAACGAGAAGGGCGAGUUUUUCGACCUGCACGGGAACCGCUUGACGUGCCACGGGAAAUCCCCCGAGCCCGUCCGGACCUGGGAAUGCCGAACGGCCAAGGAAYUGACGACGGAGUUGCUGGAAAAAUGGGACAUGGCCGACAAAGUACUAAGCGUUGGCCACGGUGGGUACAUCGGAAGGGAAGCCCAGAAGGCCGAGGAUGCCUUGUACAGCGGGAGRGACUACCGACAAGACUAGAGAACGUAUUAAAAUAAAUAUUUACAAAGUGU